AAGAACACUUAUCUGGCUGUCUUCACUCACUCAGUCACUGAUUCACAAAACAAGCCACAGAGAAAAAGAAUGGAGGACACAAAACCCAAAGAAAUAAGCAGCACAAAAAUGUUUGAUGGAUACAACAAGAGAUACAAACACUACAGUCCUACUCUUGGCUGCUCCAUGACUUUUUACAUUUACUUCCCUCCUACUCCUAAAUCUUCCCAGAAAUUCCCUGUACUUUACUGGCUCUCUGGUCUCACGUGUACUGAUGAAAACUUUAUCAUCAAGUCUGGUGCUCAGCGCACUGCGGCCAGUGAGGGCAUUGCUUUGGUUGCACCAGAUACAUCUCCAAGAGGCUUAAAUGUGGAUGGAGAGGCAGACAGCUGGGAUUUUGGUGUAGGUGCUGGGUUCUAUCUAAAUGCUAAACAAGAGAAGUGGAAGAACUGGAGAAUGUAUGAUUAUGUUACCAAGGAAUUGCCGAGCCUUCUGAGUGAAAACUUUGUGCAGCUUGAUACAGCACGGGCAUCUAUAUUUGGUCAUUCAAUGGGUGGGCAUGGUGCUCUGACAGUGUACCUGAAAAACCUGGACAAGUAUAAGUCGGUCUCUGCAUUUGCACCUAUAGUCAAUCCAAUUAACUGCCCAUGGGGUCAGAAAGCUUUCACAAACUAUCUGGGUGAUAAUAAAACUGAUUGGGAGGAAUAUGAUGCUACUUGCUUGAUCUCAAAGUACAAAGAUGUGUCAGCGACCAUUCUAAUUGAUCAGGGAGAAGAUGACAGUUUUCUGCAUAAUCAGUUACUCCCACACAAGUUUGAGGAGGCAUGCAGAUCGGCCAAUGUUCCUCUGCUGUUAAGGAUGCAUGCUGGCUACGAUCACUCUUUCUUUUUCAUUGCCAGCUUCAUUGAUGACCACAUCCACCAUCAUGCUCAGGCUCUGAAGCUUGCUGUGAAACUUUGAGACUUGUACCUGUUGGUUCUCUUGUUUGUCAUGAAUUCAAUGGAAACUGUUUUGCUGGAUGGACGAAUUAAGUAUGUGUGAACUCUGUAAUAUGUGUUGCUUAAGCAUUGAUCAGUGAUCACCCUUAUAAAUAAAGGCAUGCUGCCAUUUUAAUCUUGUGAA